AGACAAACAUUAUGCUUCCAAUAUCUUUCUUCCUAGGUGGUAGUACCUCCCUGUUUGAUAUAGUAGAUUGCUAUGAGGUGUUAUGAUAAAUCUUGAAAACUGAUAUAGACAACCCAAUAGCCUUGAGUGAGCAGCCCUCAGAUACUGUAUGAAGAGGGUACAUUACAACACAUACUUGUGACAGAUUACAUAACCAACAUGACAUAACAUUAAAACUCUCAGUGCAUUUUACUUUUGAUAUUUAUGUAAUAGAACAUAUUGGUGAUUAGCUUAUUGUUGCAACAGUUAUGUUAAGUUUAUCAGGUUAAGUUAGUUUAAUUAUACCAUGAAGCUGUUGAAAAUUAGAUUUCUUAAUAUACUGUACAGGUACUUAAUUUUCCAACUUGUAUAGGUUUUUGGUGUCAUACAAGUACAACAGUGUUAAAAAAAAAAAAAAAAUUCUGAAAAACAGUUUUUGUGAUAUCCAGAAUGUGACGUUUAGCUUUAUAUCUAGGUAUGUAAAUGCCUAGCAUUAACUUGCCAGGCCAACAUACAGGCAAUUGAAACAUCUAAUAAUUACUUAAAUACGUAAUAUUAGGAGGACACUUCGCUACCUGGCAUUUAAUUGUACACACAUUUUAUUCAUACUGUAACUUUAAAAUUGGAUGAAAACAUGUUGUAAAAAAAAUUACUGCAGUUCUGCAUCCCAUGAUAACCCAGGUACCCUGGCUAAUGUGUAAUAUUUAGAACUGUACAUGUAUUUUUUUUUCAUGAAUUAAACCCAAAGAUCAUGGUUAAUAAAUGACUUAGCUGUCUGGGGUGGUAAUCUCACACCCAUAAAUUUUGCCUUAAUUAACAUUGUACACUAUCAAAAUUGUGUUACUGUAUUAAAUGAUAGAUGGAAUUGGCAAGAAUUAAUAUGAAUAUGGGAGUAAUCUGUGAUGCUUGUCUCCACUACUAAAUGAUGCAGAUAUUAUAAUGCAUUCCAGUACUUCAACGGGUAACGCGAACAAUAACUAGGCUAAUAAGAUGAGUCGGACUGAGGCGUCAUCACGAUACACAAGAGUGUUCUUUCCACGGGAAGAUGCGUUCCUUACCACUUCAAAUGUAUUAUCAGUUUAUCACCACCUUUAAACUUUUGAGUGGCUUAUCUUUAUCUUAUUGUGUUAUAGAUAAAGACUUAAUCUUACAGAGAAAUUUAAUAAUCCUCUCCCUUGGUGUCGUAAAUGAGUACAGUACAGAGUGAUGUAAAGAUGUCAUCUCUGGCCACUAGUUCUUGGUGUAUGACCUUUUAAGAUAAGAUUGAUAUCUGAUCACAAUAUAUGAAUCUAAGAUAAGGAGAGAUGGAACUCCUGGCAAGUAGCUGGUGAAAGUCAGGCUGAUAUUCACUUCUUGGUUAGAUAGAGUAGGUACAAUAAUAAGAUAGUGUCUCUGACCUUAACAACUGUUUACGGUGACAAUGCUGGGUCCGAGAUGUAUUAAGACAUUGUAGUGCAUGCUCUUUGACACUACAUUAAACGUUUGGUGAAACAUUAAAAGCAAGAUUUGUAGGUAGUGAACUGGUUAAGAAGGUCAAAUUUUACUUUUUCUUUGUUGGUGUUGCAGUUCUUUUUUGUAUAACUUCACUUGCUUCUAUACUUUAAUCAGUACACUGCCAAAUGUUGAGGCUGUGGUGUUUGAUGGUGAUGUGGGGUUGGCUGAGUGGUGCAGCAGGCGAUGAUGUAGAAGGUGUUUACCUGGAGACCUUCCCGAGUGGCAUGUGGAUAGUACCGGAGGACACCCUCCACCACCUCACACUGUCUCUGGGAUUCAACGCCAGUGACGCUUACUGUAGUGGUGGGCAGGACCUGACGAAUGCUCAGCUGGUGGUGACGGUCGUACCUGAUGAGGAUUGGAAGCUGGACUUUGUCAACAGGAGCAUACACUUGACGGUGGAGGAGGUGUGUGAUCAUGUCAACAAGAGCCUCACCUUCUCCGGCUACUACUGGGGGCUCACCAAGCUGUCCUUCUACCUCACCACCAACUACCAUCUCCUUCACUUGUCCAACAACACUUUACUGAGGGAUGACAUGUUGAUCACAAUAGACCGCAAGAGCAAGGUGUUCGACACUUUCUUCAUCAUCGCUGCAUCUUCAAUAGUAGUGAUAAUCAAUGUCAUCAUGGGAACUCAACUGGACCUGAAUGCCAUCUUUGUGGUUCUGAAGAAACCUAUUGGUCCUGUCUGUGGCUUCCUUUCCCAGUUUACCUUCAUGCCUCUGAUAACGUAUGUACUAGGUUUGUUCCUGCUGAAGGAUCCACUUCCACGCCUGGGUUUGUUUACACUCGGAUGUAGCCCUGGGGGAUCCAGCUCUAACUUCUGGACACUUAUGGUAGAUGCUGAUCUCAACCUCUCCGUCACCAUGACCGCCAUCUCCAUGCUUGCCGCAUUAGGGAUGAUGCCUCUGUGGAUGUUUACACUGGGGAAUAAGAUGCUGGAAGAAAACUCUCACCUAAAGAUCCCUUACUCUAACAUGCUAAUCUCCCUCUUCAGCCUCACCAUCCCUGUAGGCAUCGGCAUAACAAUCAGAAAGAAGAGACCACAAUGGGCGGAGUUGGGAGGGAAGGUUCUCAAGCCCGUCGUUUUCAUAACACUUGUCCUCUUCAUAUCGAUGUCAAUUUUCAACUCCUACAAGAUGUUGCUGCAAAUGACAUGGCGGACGGCAUUGAGUGGUAUUCUUAUGCUCAACUGUGGCUUCGGUAUGGGCGCCAUCUUCUCAAAGAUUAUGUGUCUCCCCAGGAAGCAGGUCAUAGCCAUCAGCAUUGAGACGGGCAUGCAGAACAUCGCGGUGGCCUUCGUCCUCCUUAAACUCUCCUUCCCCAGCCCCUACAGCGACAUGGCAGCCAACCCCAUCUUAGCUACAUACCUCGUGACUGGGCCAUAUAUGACAGUCCUCUUCCUCAUCUUCUGUCUUCUUCGGCACUUCUGUGGCUGCUUUCCCCAGCCUGGCCAUCAACAAAUAGUGAAGCAGGAACUAGAGAGUAUAGAAAGUCAGAUGAAGCUGCCAGAAGAGGCGAACAACAAGGCUAGAGAAAUUAUUAAGCUCCUUCCUGUUGUCGAAGAAAAUAAAGAAAAUUAAUAUCAAGAGUUCACUCUCAACAUCUGCCUGAAAUCACGAGAUUUCUCUCUCAUAAACUAAAUUUACUGCAGCCGAGCGGAUACAACACUUGCCUCCUGUCCUUAGGGUCAUUUUUUUUAUCCUGGGGCACUCCCAGUCCACCCUACCCUAAAUGGGUAACUAAUGAUACAAGUUGGAGAAUUGAAGGUUAAGGUCAGGCUAGAUUAGUUUAGGUGUAAGUUUACUUAUGGUAAUUAUUUACAUGUGCUUUUGUAAGGCAUAUAUUGAGCUCUGAACGUUCAUCUGUGUUCUUAAACCUUUUAACACAAUACUAAUACAGCGGCAGUGAGCACCUGUAGUCAAUCAACCGCCUUCAUCAUAACAGCGACCUGAAACAAUUCAAUAUUUAAAUACAUAUGUAAGUGAUGAAGUCACAAAUAGAAUUUUUGUCUUCUUAAUCUGUGACUAUUAUUUUGUGGUGAAAAAGACACACCACACUCAUUUAAUUUAAGUGCACUAUUAAACUUGAAUCUAUAUUUUGUUGUACAGUAGUUUAAUGAGUUAUAUCCAGACCCACAUAAAACAAGAGUGGAAAUAUGCUUUUGACAGCUUUCUUAUUCUGACUAAAUAAACUAAAUUUCAGUUUUAUUUUGAAAUAAUUAGUAUGUUUAAUCUCCGAGAUUUUUUUUACUUACCGGUAAUUAUGUCUCAAGUCAUCAGAACUUGAUGAUAAAAACAAUAAAGUAAGGUAGGUUUGGUUACACAGAGUUCUAUAAUUUUUUUAAUUGGUUUAGAAUAGUGUAAUUACAGUACAGUACUAACUUUGUUACAUGCUUAAAUACCUUCAAUGUUGGAGCGCAGUAUUACCAACAAAGGUUAGGUAGAUUAAAGUCUUUAUGUAUCCUGAAAAUCUUGUCAACAAGAUGCACUCAAGAAUUGUGAUUAAGAGAGUCAUUCCUCAACUCUUUAUCUCUUCAGAGACAGUAUUGCCAACUAAAUACAAUACAGUAUCCUCGAAACUGAAAUAUGAAUUGUAACCCAUAGCUCCUUUGGUUUUUGCUGUGUAGUCUAACCUUAACACCUUACCUUCAACAAUCCAUUCAGUAAUAUAAAUGUUUUUUAUUAAUUUUAUAAAUAAAUACUUCUCAAUUAUGACUAACAAUCUUGUCAUGGAUUUGCUUGACAAAAUUCCUUAGUGAUGCUUGUGAUAUCAUGAAAAUUUCGUUGGUCAGGGGCUAGGUUAGUUAAAACAUGUCAACAUUAAGAUGCAAUGUGACCAAGCUAAGCUAUAAGUGCCAUGAUAGUAUAAACAUUAUGAUGUUAUAUUACCAAGAUAAGCUGUAAGUGUCACAACAACCUUUUCAUGUUUAUCACACAAAUACCUUAUGAUAAAAAAUAAUAAUCUUGAAA